AUGUCGGCUAGAUACACGAUCGUUUUCCUGCUCAUUUUGCCUGUGGUCUUUAUGGCUAUUCGGAUGACUGCACGGUGCCUUCGUCUUUCGCCAUGGGGCGCUGAGGAUACAGCCAUCGUGUUGGCGUUUAUAUGUUUCAUACCAUUCCUACCACUGGCGUUAAUCAUGAUUGAGAGUUACGGACUUGGAAGAGACAUAUGGACACUGCAACCACAUGAAAUCACAAUGUUUCUAAAGCUUCUUUUCGUCCUCCAACUCUUUUAUAUCCUUGAUCUAGCGGUGAUCAAGGCCUCGAUACUGUUCCUGUAUCUACGGGUUUUCAACAUCAAAUCGUUCAGACCAGUCCUUAUCUGCACACAGGGGUUCAACUUUCUCCUCGGGGCUGCGUACAUCAUCCUCAGUCUAGCGCAAUGUCAGCCCCUGCAGCACUACUGGAAUGGCUGGGACGGCGAGCACGAGGGAAAGUGCGCCGACCUCAACAAAAUCGGUCUCACUCACGUUGCGUUCAACAUCGCCUUGGAUGUCUGGAUGCUUAUCUUGCCAGCAACGCAAGUCUUCAAGCUUAAUCUUCCGCGGAAGAAGAAGAUCGGCGUCAUGGCUAUGUUUGGUGUCGGUGUGUUCCUCACCAUUGUGAGCAUCGUUCGCAUCAGAAGCUUGCUCGUCUUUGCCACCUCAUUCAACAUCACCGCCGAUGCACUAUGGGGCAUCACCUGGUCCUACGUCGAGCUGUGCGUGGGAAUCUUCGUCGCCUGCAUGCCGGCUGCCAGACAGCUCGCUUUCAAGUUCUUCCCCAAGCUCAUGGACUUGACACGGCAGACUCUCUCCAAGUCUAGUAAAACGGACCGGUCGUCUCAUAUUGAAGAGCUGCGGCCAAUCUCACAAGAGCGAAGAUCUGUCCAGUCCGGGGGCACCGGGAUCACGACCAUUCAAUCGAAUGAAUCGACUGUGGUAGAUUCAUACACACCGAAGAGUGCGACGUUCACCAUCAAUGGCACCCGAAACACCAUUGACGGCCCCUCGAUGAGACCUUGA